AUGCAAUCAGAAAGGGACACUAAUUUAGGUUUUGAAUCGGAACUCCAACUUUAUGGAAAAGAUUUAGGGGAGAAAGAGUUAUAUGAAAGUAUUAAUACAUCGAUGGUUGUAUAUGAUUUAUUUGAAACAUCUGAUGAAAAUAUUGAUAUUAAUGAUUUUGAUAGUAUUGACAUGAAUUCAGAAAUCUUUCAUUCAAUAUUAAAUAUUGCAGAUGUGAUGAAUUUAACAUUGCCAGAAUUCUCAGGAACCAGGAAUGCAUUAGCAUAUCAAAUGAUAUUAGAGAAUAGUACUGAGGAUUAA